GGCAAGAUGGCGGCGCGGUCUAUGCAAGCGGCAAGAUGUCCCACAGAUGAACUGUCGUUGACCAACUGUGCUGUGGUGAAUGAGAAGGACUUCCAGUCUGGGCAGCAUGUUGUUGUGAAGACUUCUCCCAACCACAAAUACAUUUUUACACUGAGAACCCAUCCCUCAGUUGUUCCUGGCAGCAUCGCGUUCAGCUUGCCCCAGCGAAAAUGGGCUGGACUUUCCAUUGGACAAGAAAUCGAAGUUUCUUUAUACACUUUCGACAAGGCGAAGCAGUGUAUCGGCACGAUGACGAUCGAGAUAGAUUUUCUGCAGAAGAAGAACAUUGACUCAAACCCCUACGACACAGACAAAAUGGCUGCUGAAUUUAUCCAGCAGUUCAACAGCCAAGCUUUCUCCAUAGGGCAGCAGCUUGUCUUCAGUUUUAAUGACAAACUCUUUGGCCUGCUGGUAAAGGACAUGGAAGCUAUGGAUCCCAGCAUCCUCAAAGGAGAGAGUGGAGCAGGCAAAAAGCAGAAGAUUGAGGUUGGUCUGAUUCUUGGGAACAGUCAAGUUGCCUUUGAGAAAGCUGAGAACUCUUCUCUCAAUCUGAUUGGUAAAUCAAAGACCAAGGAGAACCGCCAGUCAAUCAUCAACCCAGACUGGAAUUUUGAGAAAAUGGGCAUUGGAGGCCUCGACAAGGAAUUCUCAGACAUUUUCCGACGAGCUUUUGCUUCCCGUGUUUUUCCACCGGAGAUUGUGGAGCAAAUGGGCUGCAAGCACGUGAAAGGGAUUCUCCUGUAUGGACCUCCAGGCUGCGGUAAGACGCUCAUGGCCAGACAGAUUGGCAAGAUGCUGAAUGCCAGGGAGCCAAAGGUGGUCAACGGUCCAGAAAUCCUCAACAAAUAUGUGGGCGAGUCUGAGGCCAACAUCCGCAAGCUCUUUGCUGAUGCAGAAGAGGAGCAGAGAAGGCUCGGAGCAAACAGUGGUGUCCAUAUCAUCAUUUUUGAUGAGAUUGAUGCAAUCUGCAAGCAGAGAGGGAGCAUGGCAGGUAGCACCGGCGUCCACGAUACCGUUGUAAACCAGUUGCUGUCGAAAAUUGAUGGAGUGGAGCAGCUCAAUAACAUCCUAGUCAUCGGAAUGACCAACAGACCUGACCUAAUUGAUGAAGCUCUGUUGAGACCAGGGAGACUGGAAGUGAAAAUGGAGAUUGGUUUGCCGGACGAGAAGGGUCGAUUUCAAAUUCUUCAUAUCCACACGGUGCGGAUGCGAGAACAUCAGCUGCUGGCUGAAGAUGUGGACAUUGCAGAACUGGCGGUUGAGACUAAAAACUUCAGUGGUGCUGAACUGGAGGGUUUAGUUCGGGCUGCACAGUCAACUGCUAUGAACAGACACAUCAAGGCCAGCAACAAAGUGGAAGUGGACAUGGAGAAGGCAGAAAGCUUGCGGGUCACAAGAGGAGACUUCUUUGCGUCCUUGGAGAAUGAUAUCAAACCAGCAUUUGGAACCAACCAGGAAGACUAUGCAAGUUAUAUCAUGAACGGUAUUAUUAAGUGGGGUGAUCCUGUAACACGAGUGCUGGAUGAUGGGGAGCUGCUUGUUCAACAAACUAAGAACAGUGACCGUACUCCGCUGGUUAGCGUCCUUCUAGAAGGUCCCCCACACAGUGGGAAAACUGCCCUAGCAGCAAAGAUAGCGGAAGAAUCCAACUUUCCCUUUAUCAAAAUCUGUUCUCCUGAUAAGAUGAUUGGAUUUUCUGAAACAGCCAAGUGCCAAGCUAUGAAAAAGAUCUUUGAUGAUGCCUACAAAUCACAGCUCAGCUGUGUCGUGGUGGAUGACAUUGAGAGACUUCUAGAUUAUGUCCCAAUUGGACCACGCUUUUCUAAUCUGGUGUUGCAAGCCCUUCUGGUACUGCUAAAGAAGGCUCCCCCUCAGGGCCGCAAGCUUCUCAUCAUUGGAACCACCAGUCGCAAGGAUGUCCUGCAGGAAAUGGAAAUGCUGAACGCCUUCAGUACCACUAUUCAUGUGCCAAACAUUGCAACAGGAGAGCAGCUGAUGGAGGCGUUGGAGCUCCUGGGUAACUUCAAAGACAAGGAACGCAGCACCAUUGCCCAGAAUGUCAAAGGGAGAUCCGUCUGGAUUGGUAUCAAGAAGCUGCUGAUGCUCAUAGAAAUGUCAUUACAAAUGGAUCCUGAGUAUCGGGUGAAAAAAUUCCUGGCUCUUCUGAGAGAAGAAGGAACGAGUUCCCUAGAAUAUGCACUAGGAUCUUUACUCUUCUGUGUUCAACACACUGGACAAAGUGAAAUGCUUCCCUGUUUCCAAGAACCCAAUGUGGAAUUUGCAUGUUUAGUGCAAUACAGUAUCUUUAUCCUUUGUCUUUACUAUACUGAUGUCACGUGGAAGUGUCUUCUAGAACACUGUGCUUCUGUCUCUGUGCAGGCAAGGCUAUGUUCUCAUUUGAUUUUAGCAUGGGAGAAAUGUAAGUUUUGAAGCUACUGCUCACUUGUGUCCAGCAUCCGGUUGCUAUGAUAGGAAAGAAAACGUGACUUCUGAGAAAAUCUGAUAGUCCUUGGGGAAGCCUUAUUUAAAGUACUAUUCUGUGUUAUUCUGAUCUGAAGAAUACCUUCUUGUUCAGUUAUGUUGUCAUAUGCCUCAUUGAAUUAUAAAGUCAGGCAGAUAUCCUUAAAGACAGCGACCACGAUAAUCUAGAAUUUUUUAGAUGUUAGUACCUUUUUUAUUUAUUUAAUACCCAUUGUUGUGAUCUUAUGGGGAAGAGACUGGCUAUUGGCAUUAGUGAUAGGAAAAAGGCAGAAAAAUAUGCUGAUCAGAAUAGAGAAAACUUUCAAAUCCAGUAUUUAAAGCUUCAGAAGUUGCUGUUAAUUCAAAAACAGUUGAGAGAUGCUGGUUCCAACCCGAAAGCUCUUCAUGAGUGCAGUGUGGAAGGUAGUUUUGGCGUAAGCCAGGCUGAUUAUAUUCCUUUUCUUUGCCAUGUUACCAAAGGUUGAAAUCCUCCUUUGAGAGAGGAAGCCAAGCUCUCAGGCACCCAUGAGAUGUACGUUGUUAUGAGGUGUACGUUGCCACCGUUUUGCACUAAAGCACAGGAAUGUAUCAAACUUUGCUACAUGGUCCUUGCCCAAGAGUCAUCUCGCAUCAAGGAGAUGCUGCUGUCAAUGACUGCAUGAAGAAACUCCCCUCGGUUUCAUUGACUCCACCUGUUUAAUAAGGUUCAUAGAACAUACCUCAGUUUGGUGGGGCAAAAAAUCAAAGCCAUUUGAGAUCUUAGUCAGUGUGGGUUCUGAAACUUGACUAGACACGCUGUAAGGACUAAGCAGCUUUAUACUGAAAGAGAUGUUCCUGCAGAGAGGAGGUUGCUUCACAUUCUUUAGGUCUGAAGGUGAAGGUUCUCUAGUCCUUAUUUUGCAGACUUAAAGCAAUCAGAGUAUUUUAACCACUCCACUCUGGUUCCUUUUCCUUUGGCAGUGCUGUUGUAUUGUGAUAACAUUGCGAGUCCCAGUGGUUAUUACUCCUUUUCAUUUUGUGUAUGAUCUUGUGACUUUAUUUGUCUUCUUCUUUCCUCUGCUCGUCCUAGUGACA